AGAAAUUAAAAAUUGCUCACACAAACAACCGCAUUGUUUUACACAGUCCCCUAUCCACCCAUUCUUCAUUUUCUCCUCCAUUAUCGCUCCUAUUUAUUGUUCAUCGUUUUUCUUCUGCUUCUUUACCAUAUGUUAUUCUAAUCUCUCUCAUUCCUUCCAGAAUUUCAUCUAUCACACAGUUUUACAUCAAGAUUUUGCAUAGGAAUGUGAUCUUUGAUUUUAAAUUCGCUGAUCGCAUUGUGUGGGGGAUUUUGCUAUCUUUUUUUUUCCCUCUGAGAUGAAGUGAUCAAUUAGAUUAAUUAAUGUAGUGUUUGAAAUCAUUUCAUAUGCAAGAAGGAAACAUGUUUUUCGCUAGGCUAGACGAUUCGCCCAUGUUCCGUCAACAGAUCCAGUUGAUGGAAGAAAGUGCCGAGACAUUAAGGGAAAGAAGUAUCAAGUUUCAUAAAGGUUGUCGAAAAUACGUAGAUGGGCUUGGAGAAGCAUAUGAUAGAGAUAUUUCUUUUGCAAGCGCCCUUGAAGCUUUUGCUGGAGGACAUAAUGAUCCUAUCUCUGUGGCAUUUGGAGGCCCUGAUAUGACAAAGUUUGCAAUUGUACUGAGAGAAAUUGGAACGUACAAGGAAACUCUUCGGUCACAGGUAGAGCUUGUGCUGAAUGACAAACUUAUGCACUUUGCUAAUGUUGAUGCUCAAGACAUUAAGGAUGCCCACAAGCGCUUUGACAAGGCCACCAUUAUUUAUGAUCAGGUUCGAGAGAAAUUUUUAUCAUUGAGAAAAAGUGCAAGGAUAGACAUAGCUAGCGCCCUAGAAGAGGAACUCCACAAUGCAAGAUCAACUUUUGAGCAAACACGCUUUAAUCUGGUUGGCGCCCUUUCAGCAGUUGAGGCAAAGAAGAAGUUUGAGUUCUUAGAGGCUGUUGGAAAUACAAUGGAUGCACAUCUUCGUUAUUUCAAGCAAGGAUACGAGCUGUUGCAUCAAAUGGAGCCCUGCAUUAAUAAGGUCUUGGCUUCUGCACAAGAGGCAAGGGAAAAUUCGAACCAUGAGAUAUCAACUCUCAAUGAACGGAUGCAAGAUUACAUAAGGCAAGUUGAUGAAGAGGGAAGAAGGUCGUUUUGCAGGCCUAAGGAAUCUCCAAAUGUAGAUGCCAUACAGCCUGUUUUUAGAAGCUCUCAGAAAGUGAUAGAAGCAGUGAUGCAUGCUUCUGCUGGGGGGAAGGUACAAACCAUCAAACAAGGAUAUCUCUCUAAACGUUCCUCCAAUUUGAGAGGAGACUGGAAGAGAAGAUUUUUCGUUCUUGACAGCCGGGGAAUGCUGUACUAUUAUCGGAAGCAAUGGAGCAGGCCUUUCGGAGGCAGCAGUCAAACUCCCAUGCAUAGAAGUACUCCCUCUGAUUCAGGCUCCGGGCUGUUGAGUAGGUGGCUUUCAUCUCACUACCAUGGUGGUGUACACGAUGAAAAAUCUGUGGCACGUCAUACAGUGAACCUGCUAACAUCAACAAUAAAAGUCGAUGCGGAGCAGUUAGACCUGAGAUUUUGUUUCAGGAUUAUUUCACCAAUAAAAAACUACACUUUACAGGCAGAAAAUGCAGCAGAGCAAAUGGACUGGAUUGAAAAAAUAACAGGAGUUAUUACUUCUUUGCUACAAGCACCUGAAGUGUUCUGUUUCAGUCCAGGUAGUGACUGUAGUUCAGUAGAAAGUCCAGAUCAUGAUGUGAAGAAUUCCCAAGAAUGUAAAACCAAGAAGGAUCGUUCAGCUAGAAGUAUAAUGCGAGUCACCAGAAGUACCCUAAGGCUACAAGCUAACUUGAAAAAUGAGAAGCCAAUCGACGCAUUGAGUAAAGUGCCUGGAAAUGAUAAAUGUGCUGACUGCGGUGCACCUGAACCUGAUUGGGCAUCCUUGAAUCUUGGUAUUCUUAUAUGCAUUGAAUGCUCUGGCAUUCAUCGUAACCUUGGGGUGCAUAUAUCCAAGGUGAGAUCCUUAACACUUGAUGUGAAAGUCUGGGAACCUUCCGUCAUUUCUAUGUUUCAGGCGCUGGGUAAUGUCUUUGUCAACUCCAUAUGGGAAGGGUUGUUGCGAGCAAAUAGAACGAUUCAAGCUGAUGAACUACCGAUACGGUCGUUUGAAUCUGAGAAAUACAGACAGUUUUUCACCAAACCUCAUCACGCUGGUCAGACAGCACUUAAGGAGAAAUACAUUCAUGCAAAGUAUGUAGAAAAAUCUUUUGUUCUCAAACUAAAGGACACUUCAGUUGCUGAGCAAUUGUGGGAAAGUGUCCGUAUAAAUGACAAGAAAGCUGUCUACCGCCUUAUUGUUUUGUCAAAAGCAGAUGUCAAUGCAGUUUAUGGUCAAGGAUCAUCUGCGACAUGUAUAAGUUUAGCCAAUGUAAUGAAACCGAAUGAGCAGGAAAAUCCUGAUCAGAAAGUCCCUAGUCUGGAGGAUACCACCCCAAAAUCCUUGGGCCUACAAGAAGAUGACCUUUUUGAUGGUUGUUCAUUGCUUCACCUGGCCUGUCAAACAGCUGACGUUGGCAUGGUAGAGCUGCUCCUCCAGCAUGGGGCCAAUAUCAGUGCUUGUGAUUCCAAGGGUCAAACACCACUGCAUCAUAGCAUUUCAAGGGGAGGAAUUGCAAUCACAAAACUGUUGCUCACGAGGGGAGCCAACCCAGAAGCUGUUGACAAGAGAGGUAAAACCCCUCUUCAGCUCCUUGCAGAAUCAGCCAUCGAUGACGUCGAGAUCCUUGCUCUCAUGAAAAAUUCUGCCAGAUAGCACUUUUGCGAAAUCAAACAACAUUAUACCAAAAGAAACAUCAAGAACUCUUCUGCUCACACUUUGAGAUUGUAAGUAAAUUAUAUAGUUAUUAUUUAUUUCUAUGAGAAUUCAUACAGGGAGAAGAAGAUGAAGUAAUUGUAGAUAAUGUAGAGUAGUUGAUUCUAUGUUGUAUAUAAACUGCCAACUUAUUUGAUUAAUGAACAAUGUAAAGAUGUUUACAAUCUUAGUUUGCAAAUUAAUAAUUUGAAAGUGGAAGUUUUGUACCA